UGCCUCCGCCUGGGCUACUGGCCCUCGCAAUUCAAAACCUCCACCACAAUCGUCAUUCCAAAACCCAAGAAAUCAGACUACACGCUACUCAAAUCAUACAGACCUAUAGUACUGCUUUCAUGCUUAGGAAAACUCAUGGAAAAAGUGCUCGCUAACCGUCUCCAGUUUGAAGGAGCCAAACACAACAUCUUCCACCCAAACCAG